AUGCAAUGGACGCUUCACCAACUGGUGGAGGCCUGUGCUCCACUGACAUGCCGCCAUCUGUCGUGCAAGAACUGUGGCGCCUCUCUGAGCAGCGCGGGUUCUACACCUGUCUCCUGGGCCCAGCCUCUGCCUUGCUUGCCGAACUUGGCCUGGAUUCUUCGGCCGACUGGGAUUUUGAUUCUGGUCUCGAUCCGAUGCUGCAAUCCACGCUUUGCUCAGGGGAAGUCCCUGUUCGGACCCCUUUUGUGUCGCCCUUUGCAAGAAGGCAUCCUGUUCGACGUGGUGGAGCUUUUUAGUGGCAGCAGUCAUUGGACUUUGUCUCAUGCCGCCUUGGGACUGACCGCUUACCCUGGAGUUGAUAUCCCAAAUUCUUCUGGCCGCGUGAUGGAUUUCAGUUUGGAUAGCACCUUUCAUGGGCUUUGCGCACUUGCCUUGAGAAGAGUUGUGAGGGAGUGGCAUGGAGGGCCCCCGUGCUUGACGUAUGGCACAUUGAGACGCCCACGCUUGCGUAGCAAGGCCAAGCCUUUCGGGUUUAAUCCGGAAGAUCCCCUCGCCAAGUUGCACAAUCGUCUUGCCAUGCGAACCGCCUUCUUGUUUUGCAUAGUGGCCUUGACGGGGGGUUAUUUUUCGGUGGAGCAGCCUGGGAGCAGUUGCGUGUUUUACCUGGACUGUUUCCGUGCCCUAGUUGCGCUGGGAGCUGUAAUCACCCGCUUGUGCUGCUGUGCCUUUGGCACGCCCUACAAGAAGCCUUUGCAGUGGCUCCAUAACAAGCCUUGGCUGGCCGACCUUGCUCGUCCCUGCACUUGUGGCAAAGCAAAGCCUCAUUUCAUCAUCGAAGGCACAUUUACAAAAUCAAGCGCCGUUGCUUUUGAUCAGCUCUGCUGCCCAAACGCCAAGGCCCUGCUCGGCCGUCAGCCUCGCCCCGGCGAGAGUGUCGCUAGCUUCUCAGCUUCAUACCCUUUGACCCUCUGCAGGCUGAUGGCCGUCGGCAGUUCAGCCGCGAAGCGAGGGUAUGUUAGCGACAUGCCGCUGUCCGCCAAGUUUGCCACCCUCGAGACUCAGCGCUUCGACCUCUUGUGCGCAUCCUGCGCGGUGCCUAGAGUUCUCGGUCGUUGGGUUCGCCUUUUGUUGUUGCUUGCUGGUGACGUUGAGAGAAACCCGGGCCCGAGGCGUGCACCUGUGCCUCGCGGCGCUCUCGACUUGCAGUCCGGCUUUGCGGCUUCGACUCGUCACAAGAUGACCAAGGCCUUUGGAGCUUUCCUUACUUGGAUCAGCAGCACUCUGAAUCUUGAUGGAGAUGCAGUUCUCAGCUGUUCGCGGUCUGCCGCUCUUGCCUUACGCAGCCCUCGAUACUUGUUAGUGUAUGCCAUCACGGCUGUUCAAGACUUGUAUCCCGAAUAUCGGACGCACCUUACUCCAGCUUGGCAGGUUGACAAAAAGUGGCAGCAGUCCGAGCCCGGGGAGUGUCGACCAGUGAUAUCGCAGCCCAUUCUUGAAGCAGCUGUUGCUUUGGCCAUCUGUUGGGGAUGGUUUGAUUGGGCCGCUCUCACUUUAAUCGGCUUCCUGUGCAUGCUGCGCCCUUCUGAGAUGGUUCCGCUGGUGCGUCAAGACAUCGUGUUCCCUGAGGAUGCCAUGUCUCAAGACCCUGUGGCGUACGCGCAAUGGAACGCGAUUAUGCAGCGCUUAGGCGUGCUGCAUACCCUUGCUUCCAAGGGGGCCACCCCUGGUGUUCUUCGCGGAAGCGGUGCCACCUUCAUGUAUUUAGAGACCGAAGAUCUCCCCUUGAUCGCCUGGCGGGGCCGGUGGAGCAAAACGAAGACCAUGGAAUUUUGUCUUCAAGAAGUCGCUGCGCAGAGACUCCCUCUCUGGGCCCGUGAUCGCAUCAGAACUCUGAGCUCUCUUUCGCGCAAGCUUGUUAUUUGUGCCUGUUCCAGUCAAGAAGGUUGA